AUGCAGGGACCACCAGGCCCGGUCGGUGCACCAGGUGAAUGGGGUUCUAUCGGUGAUCCCGGCCCAAUGGGUCUAGCGGGAACCAAGGGUGAAAAGGGUUAUUCCGGUCAGUUGGGCCGACAAGGUUUCAAAGGAGAACAGGGCAAUCCCGGGUUCAUGGGACCAAAAGGAGACAAGGGAGAACCGGGAUGCUACGGAGACCCAGGUGACAACGGAAUGCCUGGAAUGCCCGGAAUCUCCGGAAUCAAAGGGCUGCCAGGGUUUGCUGGUCGAAAAGGUGUGAAAGGUCAUCCGGGAUGGAGUACAGAAGGUGCUCAGGGACCAAGGGUAAGAAACAGCUUGUUUUCCAGUUCGCUCUGUAACCGAAGCUCAAACAUGCCGUUUGAAGUGUACACCUCGUGGUUCACCCUGCACUCAUUGCCUAAAGGAAUUGCGAUAUCAACAUUAUUUCUGAGUGGAGAACAUCGUCAUUAUUUACGGAGACUGCACUACAGUUCAGUAACAUGA